AUGGAGAUCAGCGAUCUAAACCCCGCAGUGGCGUUGGACCGACUGAGCACUGCCCUCAGGCCGGGGCCUUUCGUGAAUAGCUUGUGCAAAAAACCACUGGUUGAUAUGAACGACCUUAGACGACGAGCCGAGAAGUACAUGCAAAUGGAGGAACUAGCGGAAACCCGAAAUCAGGCUAGAGCCGAAGAAGGUUUUGGCCGAAAGGAAUCCGGCCGAGAGCCGAUGAAAAAGACCCAUACCGAACAAAUUAAUGUUCGCCCCCCGAGAGGACCACGCUACACUGCGUACACUCCACUGAAUGCAAGUAGGGCCAAGGUGAUGGAACAAGCCCUCACCUCCGAAAUCUUGGUAAUGCCGAAAAGGGCAAACACCCCCCCGAGGGCCGACAAAGCUAAGACUUGUAGGUUCCACCGAAACAGAGGGCACUCGACAGAAGAGUGCUCGGCCCUAAAGGACAAGAUUGAGGACCUAGUGAAGCAAGGUCAUCUCGGGAGUUUUGUCACCCCUCAAAGCCAUCAAUCGAGAGGGAGAGACUACCACGCUCGGGAAGUGGCACCCCCAAAGGACCGACGCCGCCGAUCCCGGUCUGACGAAAGGAGAGACUAUUCUAGGCAUUCCCGAGAAGACAAUGACCGACCAAAGAAAAUUAUCAACACAAUAGUUGGAGGCUUCGCCGGGGGAGGUUCUACAUCUUCGGCACGAAGGAGACACCUACGAGCUGUACGAUCGGUGAACAAUGUAAAUCAGCCGAGAACACCGAAGAUGCCGCCGAUCACGUUCUCGGAUCGAGACUUCCGUGGCGUCGACCCCAUUCAGGACGAUCCCCCGGUGAUUUCUGUUGAGGUUCAUAAUUGCAUUGUGAAGAAGACCCUGAUCGACCAGGGAAGCUCCGCCGAUAUCUCGUAUUGGAACACCUUCAUGCAAUUGGGAAUCCCAGAGGAGAGCUUAGAACUGUACCACGAGUCAUUGGUAGGAUUCUCGGGCGAGAGAGUCAUGACGAGAGGGUGCAUUGAUCUGUACACACGCUUCGGCUUCGACCAAAAGUAUGCCCGAGAGAUCAAAAUUCGCUACAUUGUGGUACACGCGAGCACGUCCUACAACAUCCUACUAGGCCGACCCUCGAUCAACGCCCUGGGGGCCAUUAUCUCAACCCCUCACCUAUGCAUGAAGUUUCCAUCAAGGGAUGGUCAGGUAAUUACUAUUCAUGCCGAUCAGAAGACGGCGAGAGAGUGCUACCUCUCGAGCCUGAAGGUGAAACCUAUUGCCGACCCCCCAACGUCCGCGAGAGGUGUACAUGUCGUCAGGCAGGCAAUGACGGAGGACAUAGACCUCGAUCCCCGGCUAGGUGAAGAGGAGCGGAUUGAGCCAGCUAAAGACCUCAUUCCUUUUCAACUAGGCCGAACGCCGGAACAGACCACCAACAUUGGAACUCAACUGAGCGAGGCCGACGUAAACCGAGUCAAGUGUGUAGUCCGGGAUAACCGAGACCUUUUUGCAUGGACGGCGUCAGACAUGCCGGGCAUAGAUCCAAAGUUUUUAUGUCACCGACUGGCCGUAUGCCGAGAUGCCCGACCUGUCGCUCAAAAGAAGCGAAAAAUGGGUGAUGAGAAGAGGAGAGCCGCCAAUGCCGAGGUACAAAAACUCCUACAAGCAGGGUUCAUCCGAGAAGUCACCUACACCACCUGGCUAGCCAACGUGGUGUUGGUCAAAAAAUUGAAUGGCAAGUGGAGAAUGUGCACCGACUACACCGACCUCAAUAAAGCCUGCCCGAAGGAUGCUUACCCACUCCCUUGCAUCGACCGGCUCGUCGACGGCGCAUCUGGACAUGCUGUGUUUAGUUUCCUGGACGCUUACUCUGGCUACAACCAAAUAAAGAUGCAUCCUGUCGAUGAAGAAAAAACGGCGUUCAUCACCGAGAGCGCCAAUUUUUGCUACCGAGUCAUGUCGUUUGGACUGAAAAACGCUGGGGCGACAUACCAAAGGCUGAUGGACAAAGUGUUCCAGGAUCAGAUUGGCCGAAACAUCGAAAUUUAUGUGGAUGACAUGGUAGUCAAGUCCAACUCUCUCACCGACCACAUAGCGGACUUAGCCGAAAUCUUCGGGGAACUCCGAAAGCACAACAUGAGGCUCAACCCCGAGAAAUGUACCUUCGGGGUCAAGGGAGGCAAAUUUUUGGGGUUCAUGUUAUCGGCGAGAGGCAUAGAAGCAAACCGAGACAAGUGUCAGGCCGUAUUAGACAUGCGAAGUCCGAGUAACCUCAAGGAAUUACAACGACUUUCAGGAAGAUUGGUAGCCCUGUCCCGAUUCCUCUCCCGCCUGGCCGACAAAAUCAGCCCCAUGACGAAGCUCCUGCGAAAGGCUUCGGCCUUUUUAUGGGACGAGGCCUGUGAAGAAACCUUCACAGCCCUGAGAACAACAUUGGCGACGCCGCCAAUCCUAACGAGGCCUAAUCCUUCAAACCCGCUCCUGGUAUACUUGGCGGUGUCUGACGAAGCGAUCAGCUCGGUCCUGGUGCAAGAAAAAGAAGGAACCCAAGCCCCAAUAUACUUUGUCAGCCGACUCUUGCAAGAUGCCGAGACCCGGUACCAACUGAUUGAAAAAGUUGCACUCUGCCUGGUACACGCCUCUAGGCGGCUAAGGCAUUAUUUCCAAAGCCACCGGGUAGUUGUGUACCCCGAUUGCCCGAUCUCGAAGGUCCUAGGCAAGCCCGAACUCGCUGGGAGGAUGAUGGCUUGGUCAGUGGAACUGUCACAGUUUGACAUCACCUUCAAGCUGAGAGGGCCGAUCAAAGCCCAAUGCUUGGCAGACUUCGUUAAUGAACUCCACCCGCACGGCCACUUCGAAGAGCAUUGGUGGACCCUCCACGUAGACGGUUCCUCGAAUGGCCAGGGGAGUGGGGCCGGUGUGAUCUUAGAAGGACCAAAAGGGAUGACCUUAGAACAGUCUUUGCGUUUCAAGUUUAAAGCUUCGAACAAUCAGGCAGAGUAUGAAGCUCUACUGGCCGGUUUGAGGUUGGCCGAGGAUAUGGGCGCAUCAAAAAUCAGAUGCCGGACGGACUCCAAAGUGGUGGCAGAGCAAGUGGGUGGUAACUCCCAAGUGAAAGACCACAACAUGAUGAAAUCCUACCAUGCCUAUCAAAGAUUGAAGGCAAACUUCCAAGAGGUGUCGGUCGAACACAUCCCACGCGAGAACAACACUCGAGCCGACCAGUUGGCUAGGCUAGCCGCAACCAAAAAGCCAGGUCAUUUGAGAACCAUCAUCCAACAGGAGAUCGACCACCCUAGUGUCAAGACAGAAAUGAUAGCAAGUGUCAAUGUCGGCAGCACCGACCCCAACGACCUCCCAGACUGGCGAACCGAAAUCACAUCGUUCCUCAUCAACGGAAUCACACCGGACGACCCGGCCGAGGCCAAACGGUUGAGAACUCAAGCCAGUAGAUAUGUCGUCAUAGCCGGGCAACUGUACAAACGUGGCUUCUCUACCCCUCUGCUAAAGUGCCUUGACCCCCAUGAAGCCGAUUAUGUGAUGAGGGAGGUGCACGAGAGGAUCUGCGGCAUGCACUCAGGGGCAAGGACGAUUGUCUCCAAACUCUUACGGGCCGGAUACUAUUGGCCGACUAUAAACACCGACUGCGCAACAUUUGUGAAGAAGUGUCUACCGUGUCAGAAGCAUGGGAACCUGAUCCACCAGCCGGCCAAGCAAUUACAUUGUAUCCCCCCCGCGUGGCCGUUCGCUACCUGGGGAGCCGACAUACUCGGACCCUUUCCGAUCGCCAAGGGGCAAUGCAAGUUCCUCAUUGUCGCUGUGGAUUUGUUUACUAAGUGGAUUGAAGCCGAGCCCUUGGCAUGCAUCUCCGCUCUCCAAGCCGAGUCGGCCAACAAGGUCAUCUUGGCAGAAUUAAAGAAACGGCUAGGGGAAGCAAAGGGAGCAUGGGCCGAGCAACUACCCGAGGUACUCUGGGCAUACCGAUGCACUCCUCAAUCGACUACACAAGAAACCCCCUUUCGCCUGGCUUAUGGGUCCGAUGCGAUGAUCCCAGUGGAAAUCGGGGAACCAUCAUUCCGCCGAGCCCACUUCGACGAAGCAAACAACGGAGCCGAGCUCCGAACAAAUCUGGACGCCGUAGAAGAAGUUCGAGACCGAGCGUUGGUAGUGGCCGAGGCCACCAAACAACGAUACAAGAGAAGGUUCGACAGCAAGGUAAAGCCUAGAGAAUUCCGAGAAGGAGAUCUCGUCUAG